AACAGGCACCACGCACGCAACCUAACAUGGCUACAGUCCGCCUCACACUCGUGCUUGUGAACUGUUACCUGUUCUUCGUGCCGAGUACAACUGAAGGUGUCAGAACCGAGCAAGGCGCCGUCCCUUCCUGCGAUGUGAGAUGGUUGGCGGUGCCUCUAUCGGACAACAAUAGAAGUGAAGUCUUUUAUUUCAUUAAUGACUUUCCCGGGAGCCUGAGUGUUUAUGAUGACCUGCCGCCAGGCGGCGCUCCUACUGCUGUCCUGGAGAUCAAGGGUGAAUCAGCACAAACUGCGCAUGUGCAGUGGCGCAAGGAACGCCGGGAAUCCGGGGCCGUGCAGCUGCAUGUGUACAGGAGCGCCCCCUACACUAACCUGACCGGACAGGAGGUACUGCAGCCGGCUUCUGCAGCUAAGGACAAUACCAUCAUCGUCACGGUUGUCAUAGUGGUCGCUGUGUUCGUCCUGUCCUCGAUCUUUGCGUUCAUCUAUCUCCAAGAGAAGAGACGUUCUUGUACUUGGCACAAGAAGAAAAGAGACGUUGGGAGUAGCCUGAGUAAGACUCUCCCGUCUGGAACCAGCAGCUUCAAUUCACUCAGGGAUUCUCCCCGCAGACGGGGGCUGCUCAGGAGAAAGUCACACUUAGACGGUAGAAUUGCCGACAAUGACACGGAUAAGAACGACACGGACAGCGAGACGGAACACAGUCCACCAGUCUCGGACAGCGAAGACGACGACACGGAGAAAAAUGGCGACGGCAUCAAAGUCGUCUUCAACAGCUCAUCGGAGACGUUACCGCCUUCCAUCCUGAAGAAGACACCGGGAAGAAGAGACAACUAUGCCGGUGCUCCAAACGGUUGUCCUCAAGGUUCAGGGAUCAGCCGCACGUUCGUCACAUCUGGAGAGUUAGACAUUCCGUCCUACAGCGACGAUGUGUCCACCAAUUCAGGUUACACGACUGUGGAAGGAAAAUGCCUGAGCGAUGAAAAAAUACCCGAUGCUGUGGAUGUUGCAGUAGAUGUUAAACCACACGACUUUAAACUCUCCUCAGACGUGACGGAGGAUUUCCAGAACUUCACCAGAGCCGUGAAGACACAGAGAGUUACCUUCCUCACCUCCACGCCUCUGCCGAACGCUUCCUGCAACGGAUUAAAGACAGGUAAAGUACGCGAUGACCUUGCCCGUGUCCGUGAGACUGAGAACAAGGUAGUCUGUACGGAGGGUGACCGGGACAGUGGGACAGAGGCGGACGAUGAAGGUCGAUGGAAUUCUAAAUCAAAAGGUAGACGCGGCCCGCCCCUCGGUAAGAAGAUGUUGUUUAUCGCGGUGUGCGUGUGUCUGCUGGUUUGUCUGCACAGCCUCACGACCUGUCCUGUCACCGUCAGCCUGCACCUCCACAUUCCGAACGGCUUUCUCGCACCAGGUUCCAGGUUCAUUUUACACAGUGAGAGUGACGUCAUAUACCCCCCAUGGCUGCGCCAGGCCCCAGUACAAGUGUAUCGAUACGUGAACUCAUCAGACGACCGGGAACUCUCGCGAGAUUUCUGUGCGGAACACGUACCUUCAGAGAAGUGCGAGCACACGUGCGACCCUGAUACUGGCGGAUGUUCGUGUAUGGAGGGUUAUCAGAAUGACCUGCAGUACCCACAGUUAUGUGUUCGUAACACGUGGACAGGACACGACAGAUGGUGGCCGUACGGUUCCAUAGGAAAGGCGUUCGACGCAAGAACAAGCCAGCAAUCCGUCAACAGGGUCUUCAGGUACACACGUGGAGACACCAUGGAUAAAGUGGUCCGUGUGGUGAAACCAGACCAGCUAACCGUGCACGCUUCAAACAGGUGCCUGCCUCCUGUCGUCAACACAGCGGGCGAUGUGGCGUCUUUACGGAAGAACCUUCUAGACGCCCUGUCGUUCACGGAUGAAGGUGACCUUGUUGGUUCCCUCCAGCCGGUCUAUGCCGGUGACGGUGUGGCGGGAAAAGGAGGCUGCAAAACCGGAGUCACGGGGUGCCAGCAGUGUCCGUCCUGGCUGGAGCUGACCAGUGACGGGUCCGGUUGUUAUGACCCCGGCAGAGAUGUGGACUGCUCGGAUGGUUACCAGGGAGGGUGUGACCACACGUGCGUCCGGGUCAACACUUCUCAGGACAACUACACACGUGUCCACAUGACGUGCAGCUGCAGGGAGGGAUACCGGUUAGCUGCAGACGGCCGCACGUGUCUGUUCUCCCCGGUGUGUAACGCCACCUGGCGGGCAGACGGCGGCUGUAACCCCGCCAACAUCCCUGCCGGGGGCCGCUGUCACACGACUGAGGAGGGUCACGGGACGUGUGUGUGUAACCCCACAUGCUGCAGGAACCUGCAGGUCUGUAAAAGCGAAGGUGAAUGUGAGCCAAAGCAAUGUGUGAGGAAACCAGAACACGGGUACUCUGACGGUUCCCGUCCGGUUGAACACCAGACCUACCCGCUGGGCUUCAGACAGAUGCAGCACGGUUAUAACGGCAGGACCCGGAGGACAACUGAUGCUCCAAUUUUCCAGCUUACAUACAGCACCAACUAUUCCCUGUCCCCGCUACUUGUACCAGACGAAGUGGAGGUGACAGCGGCAGUACAGCCGGAGUGUCACAACUAUACAGGUCCGGUAAUGCACCUGCGGCAGAAAGAAAACCCUUACGGCGUGAGCCCCGAUCGUCCUUACAUCCAGACGUUCACGCCAGAGGACAUGAAACAGAAAGACAAGAUGAGGGAUCUGGGCUUCCGGUACAGUCAAGAAAUCUCAGUCUUCAGUGCGGAGUAUCAAGUCUACUUAAGACAUGCGACCCUGACAACAGAUAUAAAAGCUGCCCUGGGCAGACUGACUGCGAACAGCGCCAGGUCUGAGUUUCUACACGUCAUGGAGAAGUACGGGACACACUACAUCAGUCAGGCAGUGUUCGGGUACAGGAGAGAGCACGUCGUCUACUACAGGUCACUAGGACUGGCUAACUGGCUCUGGGAAUCAUUUUCAGCAUCAGAAGGAGGCCAGUCGUUUGACACCUUCCUCGUCAGAACGUUAGGAACUCAGGAUGACGUCAACCCGCCGGAGCGCGAACUGCCUGUCGGGAUACGGCAAGUCCCGGAUGUUGAGAAGGACGGUAAAGUUGAGGGGGUGCAGACGGUGCUCCGGUCCUGGGGUAGGUGUACUGUGGGUGGAUGUUGUACUGUAGCUGAUACCGUGAUGGCCGAGCCUGCACUCCUGUAUGUCAGCACACCAACACCGCUGUAUGAGCUACUCAAGGACAAAGAGACAAAAGAGGUUUUUCGCAGAGCCCUCCUGAGUUACCUGUGGUGUAGCGGGGAGGGUGAGGUGGUAGGCGACACGUGCAGGUGUGAUAUCCACCCGUCCUACCCCGGUCACACGCUGGACUGCGCGCCGCCGCCAAAACCAAGUUUGUACCAGCCCGCCUCAGACCCUCCCACUGACACCACACUCACUGUCGCCUGGCAACACGUCGGGCGGGAGAUCGGUAGUCACGUGACAGACUACCAGUUCGUCGUGAGAGAGGUCCGGUCUGCGGACACUGGUCUCCAUGGAGACGACUUUAUCAACCAUCCAGAGCUGACUGUAUCUGUGCUGGAUGACGCGGUGUUCAGCAGAGCUGACGGCUGCUAUGGUCGCGGACUGACCCGGCAGGGAGCCGUGUGGACCUUCUCACUUCUCCUCAUGUGUCUGAAACCUGACAGGUUCUACAGGGUGAGUGCCCGUGUGUCCACACGUGACGGGGCGGUGUCACCAUCAGACGUGCUGACCGUCAGGACGGAGUGUCAAACACCUCAGCUCAACCACCAGCCGACAGGUGUCGCUGAUGCCUUAUACAACCUGUAUGCCGGCUACACCUCCCCUCUCGCUCAGAACAUGGCGUUCCGAAUCCUCACCUCCCUCAACACAGCCGGCCUGCACGACGUCGCCAAGACGUACGAGGAAAAAUACGACAACUUCUUGCUAAGAACACAGGAAGAACUCGGCUUGAAAAGAGCGCUUCUGAUCAACGCUAGUCUCACAGCAUUAUCAGAAAGAUGUAAAACCCAGGCUGAGUCGGGAAAGGUCGUACAAAAAGUACGCAGACGGUUUAGAUGUUCAUUUGAAGGGCUGGACACGAGGAAAGGCAUACGGGAAGUCACCCUGAGGGAGAUGGAACGGUCCUGUGUAAAGUACGAAGAAAAGUACGAUUCAUACGAUUGGGAAAAGUCUAUGUAUGAAGAAUGACCAAUUUUUAUUGUAGCAUAUUUCAAAUAUUAUUUUAUAUAAUACCUUAUCACAUUUUGCAGUAAACAUUUUCAAAUCUAUUACGUAUAAAGAUGUGUUCAGAGCCAUCUUAAACAAACCAGAGGCUGGAUUCAGAAGCAAGAGCAUGAAUGUUUUCAAGAACAGAACAUAUGUCAUUCAAUUGAUGUAGCAUGCUAUGUGCUGAAAACUGUUAAGUCAUACAAAUAAGUUGUGUGAUAUGAUGCCUUUUUAAAAGUCGUUUAUUGUGUCAUCGCUCAACGAUGUGCUUGAUAAAAUGCGUGUAUGUACAAUUGAGUUCUAACCAUUGGCUCUGAUGGCUAACAAAGUUUUUUGGCACUUAACCAAUAGAUGCAUGUACCUGCCAACUUUUCAGAAAAACGUUAUAGUAAUGGUUAGAGCCCAUUUGUGCAUACGCGCACAUUGUAAAUCAUUAAAUUGUCAACAUGACAAAAUUAAA